GUGAGAGUGAGUGACAGGGAUAAACAAGGGCUGGGAGUGACGGUUUAAUGGCGGCCUCAUCUUGUGGGAGUCAAGUCUCUUGUGGUCGCCGGCUGUGAAUGUCGACAGUGCGGCCCGGGGGCUUGGUGUUAAUGGCGAUGCGUUGAGCCGCUGGUGCGGUGGCGCCAUGAGCAGGAUGAAGACGGAGUACAUGAGGAGGUUUACGGGGCCGCGUUGGGACACGUACGGCAGCUGUUACCGCGACCUGGUGCAGUACCGCGGCGUGAGGCGGCUGCUGGAGCAGGCCCACUGGCCCUGGGUGUGGACAGGCUGGGACAGCGGCUCCGACAGCGACUCCGGCUCCUCCACCCCCCCACCGGACCAACGCUGCCCUGCGACCCGCCUGCUGGCGCCCGGAGCCCAGCCCGAGACCGGGGACAGGCCCGGGGCCCAGGCGGGGGUCAGGCUCGGGGCCCAGGCGGGGUACAGGCCCGGGGCCCAGCCUGAGACCGGGGACAGGCCCGGGGCCCAGACGGGGGUCAGGCCUGGGGCCCAGGCGGGGUACAGGCCCGGGGCCCAGCCUGAGACCGGGGCCCAGGCGGGGGUCAGGCACGGGGUCCAGCCUGAGACCGGGGCCCAGGCGGGGGUCAGGCCCGGGGCCCAGGCGGAGGUCAGGCCCGGGGCCCAGGCGGGGUACAGGCCCGGGGCCCAGCCUGAGACCGGGGCCCAGGCGGGGGUCAGGCCCGGGGCCCAGGUGGGGGCCAGGCUCGGGGCUCAGGCGGGGGUCAGGCCCGGGGUCCAGGUGGGGAACAGGCCCGGGGCCGCGCGUUACCCGGCCGCAAGAUUUAAUGUCUCAGCCAAGGAAAUAAUUGUUCAGGGGAUUCAAAGGGAUAAAAGCCACGACCAGGCCAAGGGUGACUUGUGCGGCUAUCGUCGUGUGAAAAGUGCAAGUCUGGAAAAAUCUCUCAAAACGUCUCGAGCGUCACCAGCAGCUGUUGUCAUAAAGGAAACCAAGGCUCCAUUUGCAAUGUAUGGCUGGGCGGAGAAGGAAGUGGAAGUGGGCUGUAAAAAAACGUACAAUGUUGGCGCUUCUGCUUUGCCAGGACAAAUUUAUGAAUCCGCAGUCCGGGCGCAGGAUAGACAUCAAGUGCAAAGAGCGAUGCGUGUAUCUCGGGUACGGGGCACAGAACCACCCACUAAUUGUGCAGCCGACCACCACUCUAAGACUUUCCAAAAUCGCAAAACUACUUCUGAACACUCGCCAAUUGGAGCAUUGCCAUCUGCUGGAGACGACGAUCCCUGGCUCUCGGAGUAUAUGAGAUGUUUUUCAACACAGUCCCUCUGAGUCCCAGCAACAUUCCGCAAAUGGAGCUUAGGGGAAAUUAUUUUGUUUAAUUAUUGGGGCCCAUGUUGAUCUUAAUCACUGUUUCAGUGCAGGGCUUGAUUGCAGUCUGUAUUACUGGAGGUAAUUUAUAUGUAAAACUCACAAUCAGCAAUGUAUUAUUGACUUGCAGGUACGACCUUGGUGACUUUGGUCUUCUGUCAACCACUGACACGACUUGAUGUUUAUUUUUUACAAAAAACAUUUUUUGUGAUGUGUGAAAUAGAAUCCACCUUUCUAACAUCAAGUCCUGUAGGUAGAGUUCAACUACAGUUGAAUUUUACAAAACUCAACUUUAUUUUGCACAGUGUAAUAUCUUUUGUAUCGCAUUGACACUUUCAAAUCACACUGCACCUGCGAAUAUCAAUGAAUCCUUUUCUCUAAUGGGGUUAGGUUUUAUCAUGUUCUUGGGUGCUUGUCCUUUGUAAUAUUUGUAGAGUAUCGCCAUUACCAGAUCACAGCUUGAUGAGUCUCAUGGUGCACACAUUAGCAACUCCAAUUCUGACCGUGACCACACUUUGUAAAGUGUUUGUGGAUAACCUUGUGUUGUCAGGUGCAUGAUUUAAAUGUGAAAUUUGUGCCCGAUUUAGACCUAGCUAUUUUAACUUUUUCCCUGUACAUGUGGAGUGCAAUAGAAAAUUACUAUUUUCUUUUGUUACCUUGGAAUUUUGAUACAAUACAAUUUAUUUUGAACAAAAUCAGUGUUUGGAA